GCAUCAUAAAUAAUUGGAAAUAAGAGAAAUGUGGCAUCGUCGCAUGACGAAUCACUUUUAUUAUAGGAUGCCCCUAUUUGUAAUAGUUGCAAUACUUGUCGUUCACCCUACCUCGUUAGGUAUUUCCCUCCACACAUUUAACCGUUUUCCAUGUAUUUUUUAAGCCAUUUAAGAAGUAUUUUUAGUAGAAAUGGCUUGCGCUGAACAAGGGCAUGUAAAGAGCGUGUUUGUAGAAGUGGAAGAAAAUGAAAAAUUAGAAAACGAUUGCUUUGAGGUGUCUUUUGUAAAUUCUGGUGGUACUGUAGGUGACAUCGAUUGUGUCAUGCAACAGUUGCGGCUUAAAAGUAAACGCGUGGAACAAUUGUUCGGAGCCUCAGAAAUUUGUUUUAAGCAGCAGAGUUUGAAAUUUCAAGGAAAAUGGGUAAAUUUGUCAGAGACCUCUCCUAUUAAAGACAGUGCCACGUUAAAGUGUGUGAUAAAACCCAAAGCGUUGAAUGUUGAUGCACUCCAAGCCUCAUGUAAUACCAGCACAUGCUCUGAUGUUACAGUCUUGCUUAAUCCUCCCCCUGUGAACGUUGAAAAUUCUGUGGAAGAGAACAACAUUAUGAGCUUAGACUACACUGUAGACAUCGUCAGUAGAAGUGAAACUCAAGACGAUAACAGUCUAUCAGGUAGUGGCAUUGAUGAGAACUCUGAUGACACUUUGGUCUUACCAAACAGAAGACCCUGCACACUAGCUCAUACCCAAUCAACACUGAAUAAGCAACCACAGAGUUUUGAGGUGCCAAAGGACUACAAGUUACCAACAUGCUUUAGUCCGAUAGUGGAUAAUAAAUUGUCAAGCAAGGCAGCCCUCAACGACAUUGAGUACAAUGUAAUCUGCAGGGAGGUUGGUCGUUCCCUGAAACCAUACGGCACACACCCUCAAGUUUACCAACUUGCAGCUGUCAGUCGGAGUGUUUUCCAGAAGUGGCCCAGUAUGGCACGCUUCAAAGGUGGUAUAGAGGAGGAGUUUCAGCAAUUUUUUACAUUAAGAUUGCGGCGUUAUUUCGAACGGCAACGGGAGAAAGAAAGUCUAGGGUUCUAGGAGAAAGAAACUAAGUCUAGGGUUGCAAUGCAACUUCUUACGAUACUCAUCACACCCAGGAAAAAAGACAAACAUGCACACAGGCACUUUUUUGACCAACGAGAAGUUAAAAUUUAUGUUACUUUUUCAUUUUCAUUCGUUUUAUCUAUUUUUUUUUUCUUUUAUAGGAAUCUGCCUCAACGCAGAGCUCGAUCGAUGAAAUUAAACGGCCAGCUCCAUUUAUUCUCGCCAUCGGGGCUGAGCUGUAUGUUGUGACAGCUGGGCAAGUUUUUUUUAAAUUUGGAUCCCAAAGUAGUACCGAGGCCAUUCUAGCCCUACUUGCCGCAUACUACAUAUUUGAUCUCGAGUACAGCAAGUACGUCAAGUCAGCUCUAUUUUUCCUCCAAAGUUAUUGCAUGAAAGAACCAGAUCGUAUCACAAACUCUUGUUCGGCACUGAAUGUGUUCUUGAGUCUCAUCGAAUGCUACAAAGAUCGAAGUAGUCAGUAAGUAUAUGUUGCUCUUAUUGUAUAACAGUCAUCGUUUAUGUUGCUCUUAUUGUAUAACAGUCAUCGUUUAUGGCCAUAAGAAUACAGACCUUGUUGCAUA